AUGCACGGACCAUUGAAUGACGGGGGCGUAGAUGGGAUCCCUCUGAAUAUACUCGCACAGCAGCCAUUACUUAAGAUAUACACCCAGAUAAGCGUCUUGUUCCCAGUGCCGGAUCAUUUUUCCCAUUCAGCGAUUGUUGAUACCCUGAUAAAUGGCCUUGAGCGGUUGUGCGCGUGCUUCCCGUGGCUUGCAGGUCAGGUUGUCCAUGAAGGGUUGAGUGAAUGCAAUCCAGGGACCUUCAAAAUAAAACUGUUUGGUAAAACCUCACGUCUGGUGCUAAAAGAUCUUCGAAAUGACCCUUCGAUACCGUCGAUGGACUUCCUUAAGCGGGCCGGGUUCCCUUUCAGCAUGCUAGAUGAAAGCAUCGUUGCGCCUCGCAGGACCCUCCCAGGAAGCCCCGACGAGCUUGAGUUCAACAUAGAUCCUGUAUUUCUCCUUCAGGCCAGCUUCAUCACUGGUGGCCUCAUUCUCACAUUUGUUGGUCAGCACAGUACGAUGGACAUGACUGGCCAGGGACAUGUCAUCCACCUCUUCUCAAAAGCCUGCCACAAUGAGCAAUUCACAGAUGCAGAACUGUCAUCUGGUAACCUUCCUGGGGACAACCUCAUCCCCUUGCUUGAUGAUUCUUACAUUCUAGGGCCUGAGUUCCCUCACCAGAUAGUGAAACCUACACCAUCUCCUAGUCACGGAGUCCCACCUCCGCCUCCAAAGUGCACUUGGGUGUACUUCACUUUCGACGCCGCCUCGCUGGCCACUCUGAAAACACUAGCUACAAACACUAUUCCCCAGUCCUCAGGAUACGUCUCGACUGACGACACUCUUAGCGCCUUUAUCUGGCAGUCGAUUACGCGAGCCCGCCUUCACCGCCUGAAUCCGUCAUCUAAGUCAACUUUGGCCCGCGCCGUUGAUGUACGAGGAUAUCUCAACAUUCCAAAGACAUAUCCCGGCCUCUUGCAGAAUAUGACGUACAAUACAUACACGUUUCAGGAACUGGUGGACGAGCCGCUGGGCAUUAUAGCAUCACAGCUUCGUUCGGCAUUAGACCCAAAACGACUAGCCUAUCAAACCCGUGCUCUUGCAACACUAUUUGACCGUACACCGGAUAAGAGCACCAUCUCUUUUACAGCGUCAAUCGACGCAUCAACUGACAUUAUGUUAAGCUCCUGGGCCGAGCUAGACUGUUAUGAGCUUGAUUUUAACCUUGGACUGGGGAAGCCUGAGGUGGUGCGAAGGCCGGGAUUCGUUCCGGUCGAGAGUUUGAUAUAUUUUAUGCCGAGGGCGCGAGAUGGAGAGAUUGCGGUUGCAAUUUCUUUGAGGGACGAAGAUCUAGAGGCGCUUAAGGUGGGCGCAGAAUUUGGGAAGUAUGCGAAGUAUAUCGGCUGA